AUGAGUGCACGUCAAGCAUCAUCAGAUGUUGAUUUACUACUGGCCAAAUGGAUUACUCAAAAACAAUAUGAAAAAUUAUGUAUUAAUCCAAGUGAAGUCGAACUUGCUCACUUAUAUUAUUUACCUAGAGCACAUAAGCCUGGUACUCCGCUUCGUCCAAUUAUAUCUGGUCUUAAACAUCCAACAGUUAAAAUUUCAAAAUUUCUCGACGAAUUACUUCUACCUUUAUUUGAUAAAAUGGCUUCAAAUACAACAGUAACUUCUGAUUUUGAACUAGUUAAACAGUUGCAAAAAUGGUCGAAAGAUAAUAUGCGUCAAGAAACUUUAUUUUGUACAAUUGAUGUAGCAGACCUUUAUACAAUGGUGUCACAAACCGAAGGAGUACUGGCGUUAAAGAAAAUGUUAGAUCAUUUAAAAUUAAAACAAGUCGGUGGUCUCAAAAUUGAAACAAUAAUUAGAUUAAAUCGAUUUGUUAUGCAAAAUAAUUAUUUUUCUUAUAAUGGUCAAUAUUAUCAUCAAAUUCGUGGAGGAGCAAUGGGUUCUCCUCUUACAUUAACUGUUGCUAAUUGUUAUAUGUUCUUCUAUGAACAACAAAUUAUAAAGCAAAUUAAUACUAGCGAAAAUAUUGGUUCAACUGCUGAUUUUCUUGAUUUACAUAUGGAAAAUCAAGAUGGUCAGGUAUUUACGACAGUUUAUCAACAGCAGUCUUAUGAACCAUAUUACUUGCCGUUCAAUAGUAUACAUCCAUUACAUAUGAAGAAAAAUAUAAUCUUUACUAUGUGUCUUCGUACUAUUAGAUACUGUUCAACCUUUCAAGUUUAUUUGAAUGAACGUGAAAAAUUACGAAUAGCAUUAUUAUUAAAUAAAUAUCCAAAUAGAAUUAUUGAUGAACAAUUUAAUCAUGUAUUAUCAAAAUUUAAUAUUGAUCAACCGUUAGAUUUUAAUAAUCAUAAUUUAAUUCGUCAAAAAAUUAUAGAGACACCAAUAAAAGAAAAAAUACCAGUAGAUUAUGGUAAGAUAAUGUUUGUUCAUUUUACUUAUUGUUCAAUCUCGCCUAUUCUUGGUACACGUAAUGUAAAAAAUUUACAAAGACAAUUAACUUAUACACGAUAA